UCAAUGUUUGCUUAUGUCCGCAUACAGUCUCAUUUUGGAGAGCUCUUCCUAUAUAAACCCAGCCAUUUCUCUUUUUGACCAUCUCUCUCUCUCUCUCUCUCUCUCUCUCUCUCUCUCUCUCUCUCACCCACCCACAUUUCCAUCUCCAUCUCCAUACAUUGAACAUGAGUGAGUUAAGCUUUAAAAGCCUCACAUUUAUGUUUUUCAUAGUAUUCCUUGUGUGGUCAUCAAAUGUUAAUAAUUGUGAUGCAAGAAGAGGCAAGCAUUGGAGGCAGAGUAGGAGUACCUCAGCUUCUCUGUCCAAGAAGAAAGGAAAGUAUCAUCAUGGCAUUACUCACCACCACAAUAAUGGUGGUAAAUCUAAACAUAAAACUCCAUCUCGAAAAGCACCACCUCCUCCAGCUACCGGACCAAAAGAAGGUAUCCCAUCAACCCCACCAAAGAAAAGUUACAAGAAUUGGCAUUCCACCACCUUCAAUGUUUUGGAUUUUGGCGCCAAGGGCAAUGGAAAUAGUGAUGACACCAAGGCGUUCCAAGCUGCAUGGGCAGCUGCUUGUAAAGUGGAGGCAUCAACGAUCAUCGUUCCAUCAGAAUUCGUGUUCCUUGUGGGACCCAUAUCAUUCUCUGGUCCUUACUGUCAACCAAACAUAGUCUUUCAGCUUGAUGGCACAAUCAUUGCACCGAUGAACUCUAAAGCUUGGGGUUCAGGUCUCCUACAAUGGCUUGAAUUUACAAAACUAAGAGGAAUCACAGUUACGGGAAAAGGCUUGAUUGAUGGAAGGGGCUCGGUCUGGUGGCAAGAUUCCCCAUUCGAUGAUCCCCUUGACGAUGAAACAAAACUAAUUGUUCCAUUAAACAGCACAGUAGAAAGGAGCCCACUGGUUCCGAUAAGCAGCUCACUUGGUGGGAAAAUGCCAAGCAUCAAACCAACUGCACUCAGGUUUUACGGGAGUUUCAACGUGACAGUCACUGGCAUAACAAUUAUAAACAGUCCCCAGUGCCACCUCAAGUUUGACAACUGCAUGGGAGUUUCAGUAUACGAUAUGAGUGUCUCAUCUCCCAGUGACAGUCCCAAUACAGAUGGAAUUCACUUGCAGAACUCCCAAGAUGUUCUAAUCCAUAGUACCAAUCUUGCUUGCGGAGACGACUGUGUUUCUAUACAAACUGGAUGCAACAACGUUUAUAUACACAAUGUGAACUGUGGACCAGGGCAUGGUAUCAGUAUCGGAGGUCUAGGAAAGGAUAACACCAAAGCCUGUGUCUCCAACAUUACUGUUCGAGACAUCAUUAUGCAUAAUACAAUGAAUGGAGUCAGGAUAAAGACAUGGCAGGGUGGGUCAGGGUCUGUGCAAGGAGUCCUGUUCUCAAACAUUCAAGUUUCUGAAGUCCAACUUCCAAUCAUAAUAGAUCAAUUCUAUUGUGACAAAAGAACAUGCAAAAAUGAAUCAUCUGCUGUGGCUCUAUCAGGAAUCACCUUUGAAAGGAUAAGAGGAACUUACACAGUAAAACCCGUACACUUGGCAUGUAGUGAUAGCCUUCCAUGUACAGAAGUAACCCUAACCGCGAUACAACUGAAACCACUGCAAGAACAGUACCACAUGUAUAAUCCCUUCUGCUGGCAAUCCUUUGGAGAGUUGAAUGCCCCUACUAUCCCUCCAGUUGAUUGUUUACAGAUUGGGAAGCCAUCAAAUAACCGGAUUCAAACUGCCCAUGACUCCUGUUAAGUGUUAAAUUUUGCUAGGUACAUUGUGGUGUGUUCAGUAUGUUGGUCGGUGUGACUUCCUGACCCCUUUCACACCAUUAAUGAGUGAGCUAAGGAUGCAUAUAUUAGUAUUGCUAGUGUCAUGGGAAUUCUUUUUUUACUGAGGUUGCUUGGGUUCCCAUUGCGUGGUAGUAUACAGACAUUGUGUGAGAAUAUACAGAUAUUGUUAUUAGUUAAAUGUUUAAUAGCAUGAUAAAAAGCAGCCUUGAUACUAUGAUAUAAGGCAGCCUUCUCUGCUAUGUUAAACUAUCCCAUUGUUAAUAGAUAUACAUGCUUGAUUUC